AUGACAAGUUCUCAGAGGGAAGGUGUUGAAGAAACCGGUAGUGUGUGCGAAUGUUCAUCCGAGCGGCUGUGGCAGGGGGAAGGCGGGGACUGGGAAGCGGCGCGCACGGCAGUGGUGCUAGAGUGCGUGCUGCGGCACGUGGACGCGCGCGAGCUGUGGGCGUGCAGCGGCGUGUGCCGCGCGUGGCGCCACGCCGCCGCCCGCCACUGGCGCCGCCACCUGCUGCCCGCUGCUCGGCCCGCCACGCUGCGCGCGCUCGCCCGCACGCUCGACACACUGGCUGACGAAGGACGGUCGGAGUGGUCUUGGCGCAAGGAAUAUGCUUUAGAGAACGCGAGGUGGGAGCGGUGUGAUCAGUUGCUAGCGCCCACUGCGAGCUCUGCGCCGCUGGUGUGCGCCGACCUACACAGUAGUGGCUCUUAUUUGGCGGUUGUCGACGAAGAUGCACGAGUUACGAUAUAUGAACGCGUACGGCCAAAGGCUACCGCUCAAAGUGGAGAUGUGGAAUGGGCUGCGCAGUGGAGCGACGUCGUGAAAACCGAAUGGCGGAAUAUUUCCUUCGCACAGUGGGCGCCGCGCAUCACUAGUCUGCUGCUGGCGGGACGCAUGGCGCUUGUGGAGCGCUUCGAAUUGCUUUGCAUUAAUUUCGAUGAAGAGUGGCAAAGCAAAAUAGUAUGUCGAAGUGCCAGCGGCCCGGGAGGUGCCGCCUGCUGGGUGGACGAUUACAACUUCCUCUCAACGCGACUUCAAUUACUGGCUCCAGGACACGCAUGCACCACGGUGUGGCUUAAUGCUGCUUCGCAGGAAACGUACUCUGAAUUCGCUGGCGUGACCGCACCAUUACUGCGCAUAUAUAACGAGGCUGCAACACAUAUUUCGCACAUCCUCGUAACUGAAGUCUCUAAAGAAAAACAAAUAUUAGACAGCAAUUCAGAAAACGUAUUAGAAGAUCAUUUCAAACCAAAUGCUUCAUAUUACAGUUGCUUACAAAAGAUGCAUAUAAUUCAUAUGCAUCAUUCAUAUGAUCUCCGAAAAGGCGAGACUCAGAGGCUGCUAGUGGCGGCGGCCGGGUCACCCGGCGGAUUGCGGGGCGUGGCGCGCGCGCUGGCGGCGUGGCGGCUGCCGGCGCUGCAGGUGCCGCUGCUGUGGGUGGAGGACCACCUGGCACAGCGCGUGCAGCGACACCGCCUGCGUCUGCUGGCCGCGGACGAGCCCGAGCCCGAGCACACGCCCGACGAGGACGUGAUGCGCGCGCUCUGUACACCACCAGACGCUACCUGUUGUCUGUCUGCACGAAUUCUCGGAUUGGUCCUCCAUCCUAGGGGAGGGUGUGCGUGGGCAACAACCACGGCGGGCGCGACGUGCGUGUCGCUGCCGGCGCUACAGGCCGUGCUGCAGUUGCCGCUUGAUCCCGCGUGCGACCCGCUGCUGUCACCGCACUAUGUUUUUCCUUCCGUAGAUGAUGACUACUUUGUAACGCCCCAGGGCGGCGGGUCGGGGCUGGUGCGCGCGUGGGCGGCGCGCAGCGGGCGGGCGGGCGCGCGGCUGCGGCACGCCGCGCCCGCGCUCGCCGCCUUCCUGCUGCCGCGCCGCGCGCGCGCCCGCCGCCUGCUCGUGCUCACCGCAGACCAAUUACACGUUUGGCAAACACUUGUAAAC